AUGGCCCUCCGCCCAACACCAGCUCUCACCCGCUGGCUCACGCCAACACGCGCAACCCUCCUCCGCGCGCAAAUACAAAGGCCCGCCCUCCGCCCAUUCUCCCUAAACACCGCGCAAAGCACCACACGAACCCUCCCAAAGAAAUACACACAACCAUUCCAGCGCCCCAACCCCCGCUCCACGAACAACCAACACCAAUACCAAAAACGCCCCAAUUCCACAAACUCCAACCCCAACGCGCAAAGACCAGGCCAAGGCCAAAGCCAAAGCAACAGCCAACACUCGCAAAGCACCAAAGAACCAAGCGGCCUCUCAGCACGCCUAAAAAAGCUCACCCGCGAAUACGGCUGGGCCGCACUAGGCGUGUAUCUCACGCUCAGCGCCCUAGAUUUCCCCUUCUGCUUCGCAGCCGUGCGCCUCCUAGGCGUCGAUCGAAUCGGGCACUUCGAGCACGUUAUUCUGGGUUAUCUAAAGGGUGCCCUGGGCCCUCUUUGGCCCGGUUCUUCUUCCAGCUCUGAGUCUGAGUCCGCUUCUGGGGACAAGGAUGGGGAGAAGGAAGGUGAGAGCGAGAGCGAUGCGCUUGGUGCGGAUGAGAACGCUGUUGUAGCCAAGGCCGAGGAAGCGAGUAUUUGGACCCAGCUAGUCUUUGCGUACGCUAUUCACAAGAGUCUGCUCAUCUUCGUGCGGGUUCCGUUGACGGCGGCUGUGACGCCGAAGGUUGUGAAGGUUUUGCGGCGAUGGGGGUGGGAUAUUGGGAAGCGGGCGCCGAAGAGCUCGUAG